AUGCCCAACCAAAUCCGAGAUAUCAGCGAGACCUUUGUGGACGAGGAGAACCAGUUGAUCUUUCAUAAGAAUAUCUCUGUUCCUCUCAAAUGGAAUGGAGGUGUACUUCGUAUCAACGUUUACCGACCGGAAGUAGAGGGGACAUAUCCCAGUCUUGUUACGUAUGGGCCAUAUGGGAAAGAUAUCUACUACGGAGAUUUCCAUGAGAAAUCUUUCUCCGAGGUCAACCCCGCGCAUAAAUCAAAGUACUCGGCAUGGGAGACACCGGAUCCUGUCUUCUGGACCAAGCGCGGCUAUGCCGUUGUGCGUGCCGACGAACAGGGUCUAGGCCAGUCUCCAGGUCUGCUAGAUACCAUGUCUGUCAGUACUGCCAACAGCUUCUUUGAUCUGAUAGAGUGGACGGCCGAGCAGGACUGGUGCAGCGGCAAGGUUGGCUUACUGGGUGUGAGCUACUAUGCGGGAAGCCAAUGGCGCGUUGCAGCAAAACGGCCCAAGGGCCUCGCAGCCAUCGUGCCUCACGAAGGCAUGUCCGACUACUACCGCGACCGCUGUCGCCACGGCGGCAUCCUAUCCAACAACUUUAUUAAUUUCUGGUGGAACCGGCAAGUAAUCACCAACCAAUACGGCCGACCCAACCGCUCUCAAUCGCGCUGGGGCGAAGACACAAUCGAAGGCGACCUGAAUGAAAGCGAACUGGCCCAGAAUCGUCGAGACCAAAACGCCGACAACGCGGCGAAUCCGUUUCUUGACGAUGAGUACCACGCGUCCAAGGUGUUUCGGCUUGAGGAUAUUGAGGUUCCGUUACUGAGCGUCGCGAAUUGGGGUGGAAACACGCUGCAUCUGCGUGGCAAUGUGGAAGGGUAUACGUGGGCAGGCUCGAAACACAAGUUCCUGCGAUUCAUUGUCGGGCGACACGAUUUGCCGUUUUAUUAUGAUGGGGAGGUUGAAGUGCACCGCAGCUUUUUGGAGGCGUUUUUGAAAGAUAAUGAUUAUGCCGGAUGGAAGAGUGGCAAAAUGCCGCCGGUCAGUGUCUGUUUAAGGAAAGGGGAUGUUGGGUUCAAUAAUCCCGACGGCGAGCAGACCUUUCCACGCAGAGAUGAGAUGGAAUGGCCUAUUGCGAGGACAGAGUAUAUCAAGUUCUUCCUGACCCCUGAUCUGGCUCUGGACAAGGCUGCUGUCCAGGCUGAACCAGCCAUUCUUUCCUACGAUGCGGGCGAUGUUUCGGACAAGGAAGUAAAAGUACUGGAAUUCAGGAUGCCGCCUGUUCAAGCAGAACUCGAGGUGACCGGACAUGUUCUCGCACAUCUAGCUGUGUCUGUGGACAGCUCUGCUUCUCCGUCACCGGAAAAUUUAGACAUCGAUCUAUUCCUGAACCUGCGGCAUUUCACUGCCGCCGGAAAGGAAAUCGUCUACACGGGGUCCGCCGGUGAUGCAGUGUCCGUCACCAGGGGCUGGUUACGAACCAGCAUGCGCAAAGUCAACCGUCAGAGCACUUACCACAGAGAAUAUCUACCCCGACGAGAGUACCGAUCAAUCGACAUACAACCCGUUCAGAGCGGGGUGGUGUAUGAAUGUGACGUGGAGCUGUGGCCGACAAACGUCGUUGUUGAAAGGGGGGGUUGGUUGGUGCUACAAGUGUCGUCGGAGGAUACGGAGCCUGGUGUAGGCCUUUUCAAGCACAACUCUCCAAUUGACCGACCUGCGGCGAAGUUUUCGGGGACAAACAACAUCCACUUUAACGGGUAUGAAAAUUACCUGCUGCUGCCUGUGAUUCCUUAG